AAUGUCAACUAUCAGAAGUUAUCACCGAACGUCAACGGCUCGUUGCCUCCAUGCGCUGGCGGCGGUUCCAUUGGAAUGGGUGAUGGCGUUUUGGGAUAUGUGUUCCAGUCCGAUCAUAUGUCCAGAUCGUCCAUUGUCUCUGUAUCUAAGCCGCCCAUUGAAUCGUUGUGUAGAACCGUGAGUCCGCCAAGUGACCGAGCAGAAACUACCAUAUCGCGAAAAACAAGCACUGCAAUUGCACUGCGUACACUAUCCGAUUCAGUGGAUUCAUUGAAUGAUGUUAAUGUGAAGUUGAUGAUGGCCAAUGAUCCCACAUAUUUGUAG